AUUGGUAGAUAAAAGUGAAUAUUCAAUAACCAAUUAGAGCAGUGUUUCGUCAUCAUGUGGACGUUUAGUUGCUUAAUUUUUAUUGGUAUUGUCGCGCUUGGAUCUGCAUUACCUGCAGGGUCCACUGCUCUCUUGGAGGAUGCCCAAGAAGGUGCCAGAUAUAGCCCCGCUACUGCUAAUGCGUAUCACCUCUUUAGUAGAGCGAAUCCGUCUCUCAGCCAACCUCUUCUGAAUAACAAUGCUGCACUACUACAGAAUAGCAACUACAGCAGCGAUAAGAAGACCGUAGUCCUGAUCCACGGCUGGAGGGACAAUGCUGUAUCUGACUUCAACACUGUGGUGGUUGCAGCUUACCUCGCAGCCGAAGACGUCAACGUCAUAGUGGUCGACUGGAGUGCAGGAGCUACUGCCAUCAACACCAACCUACUGGUCCGCAACACGGUGCUCUCUGCUGGGGCCGUCGCCAACUUUAUAGAAUGGCUGAACGAAGCCAGCGGCAGUACUCUGGAGCAGUACCACAUUAUCGGACAUGGCGUUGGUGGACACCAAGCUGCAAUGGUGUCUAGGAAUUUGGGAAGAGGUGUCGCUUAUCUUACCGGUUUGGAUCCCUCCCUCAUCGGCUGGGCAAACAACCUCCUACGAUUCCGUCCCAACGACGCAGUCUACACCGAAGUUAUUCACACCAACACCGGCGUAAACGGUUUCCUAGCUGACAUAGCUCAUGCGGACUUCUACCCUAACGGCGGUAUUUCCAUGCCUGGAUGCAAUUCCAACUCCUGCGACCACGAUAGGAGCUUCUUCUACUUCGCUGAGUCCCUUGGAACUGGUGGUUUCACUGGUCAGGAAUGUAUAAACUUCUACCUUGCUGUGGUGGGAGCAUGCAAUACUUUGCCAGGCCGCUUGGAAAUGGGCGGACUGGAACCGAAGACCGGGAGACGCGGUGUCUUUUGGCUUGAGACCAACGCAGCGCCACCAUUUUCCCAAGAUUAAUUAAAUCUUAAUUGAAUAAAGUAAACCAAGACACUUUC